UACCUAGCAUUAAAUCAAGAUGUACAAAAUGACACCAAAACACAAGUGAGCGACUCAACAGUCAGUGAACUAUACAAUAUAGAAUUCCAGAAUUUUAAGAAGUCCUUCGAUUGUUAUGUAAAGAUUGCAGUUCUCACUCACAAUGAACAGAUACCCGAUAGAGAUGCAAUAUUGGACUGCAUUAAGGAUAUAACAGACGAAUUUUCCAGAAUGAAACAGUUUGACCCUUUACAUUUCUACAUAUGCCAAAAAAGUUUGAACAAAAUUUAUACAGCAAUCAAAGAAACCAGCCAAGUGUAUGAUUUCAUUUCCGCCCUUGUACAAUACGGUUAUCCAGAAUUAUGCAUGAAGUAUGUAAUAGAAGAAGAACUUCUGAAUACCACCUCGCAAAGAUUUUCACUUUCAUUAAUACGUGAUAUGUUUAAUAUUUACUGGAAUGGCUGCUUGAUCUCUGCUGAAUUUUCAUUGCGCUUGGCUGAGUGUAAUAUUGUCAAGGUAAUAACAGACUAUCUGAUCAAAAAUAAGGCUAUAGAGUGUUCCCAAACUCAUUACAUAAUAAACGAAUUGAUUAAAAUUGUAUGGAUUAUCGCAAUCAAGAAAGACGCUAUUUAAUACUUUAACAAUAACGACAUAGUUAAGGCGAUUUUGAACUUCAACUUUAAAUACCAAAGGACAUUACUGGUUUCAAAGUUGCUACUUUUGCAAAUCGGUAAUUUACAAAGUGAGACCCGCG